AUGGCAGCUCCAGCAACGGACUCUCGAGAAGUUAGCAGCUUCAGCAACUACGACGACACGCGACCAGACAUUGCAAAGUACACUCGUCGCAUCAUUCGCGAGUUCAUCGCUAUUACGCGCAAUCCGCUGGUAGGCUGCCAUGCGGAUAUCGUUAGGGGCGAUAUCCGGCACUGGGUGGCCACCAUUCUCGGACCGUCUGACACUCCCUACGCGGGUGGUCAGUUCCACUUGGAUAUACGCUUUUCAGAGGAAUACCCUUUUCUACCACCACGUGUGAUCUUCACCACGAAGAUUUAUCAUUGCAACGUGGACGAAUUUGGAACUAUAACUCUGGAAAUCCUGGGUGAACAUUGGUCACCGGUCACGCGCAUUGAGCAUGUUUUUGUGGCCAUCCAAUUGCGGCUGGAAAAUCAACCAAGGCGAAAGCAAAUGGAAAAAUUCUAA